CACAAAAACGCUUCUCAUAGAGAAAAGGAGGAACCAGGAGACAAAAAUGGCGUCAAGGCUCCCCUGCUUCUUCUUCUUCCACUUCCUCUUCACAUUAACAACUCUAACAUCAACAGCCUCAGCAGCAACAUCUUGCCGAACAUCCUGCGGCAGCAUCCCAAUAAACUACCCCUUCGGCAUCGACCAAGGUUGUGGAUCUCCACAGUUCAAAGCAAUGCUCAACUGUUCCUCCACCGAUCUGUAUUUCGUCACUCCUUCCGGAGGCUACAAGGUACGGUCAAUCGAUUACGACAAGAACACGAUGGUCGUCUUCGAUCCGUCCAUGUCUACUUGCUCCAUCCUCCAGCCCCACCACGAUUUCAAACUGUCGGAUAUCCAGAAUGCUAUUAUUAGACCCUCGUACGACACCGUUUUCGCGCUAUUCAACUGCUCUAAUGACUCUCCGGUGCAUAAUCGGUACCGGAGUCUCUGCUUUCAAGCCGCCGGCCACUCCUGUGACGAGCUUUAUAGCUCGUGUACUUCCUUUCGCAUCUUCAACACUACUUCUCCAAACGGGGGUAAUAGUACGGUGCAUGCGACGCCGUAUUGUUGUUUCACGAGCUACGAUACGGUGCGAGUGAUGAGUAUGAACAUUUUGGAUUGUUCACAUUACACGACCGUGAUUGACGGUGGUAAAAUGAGGGGCGUGGCGCCUAUGGAUUGGUCGUACGGUAUCGAGCUUUCGUACUCGGUGCCGGAGAUUGGAUGUGGCCGUUGCCGGAAGUCAGGCGGCACGUGUGGUUUCGACGACGAGACGGAGAUCUUUCUUUGUCAGUGUCCCAAUUCAAACAACAUUUCGACAAGAGAUUGUGGUGGAGGUGUGAGUGAUCAAGGAGGCUGCAGCUCUACGAAUACUAAUUAUGCUACGCUGUUCUUGGCGAUGCUCGUGUCUUUUAUUUGCGCUAUGCUAUGAUAUAUAUCCAUGUGUCAGUUUCUAAAAAAUUAAAAUAUUAUUAAUCUUUUGGAUUAUUUUUCUGAUCAACAUUCCUAUGUCAUUUCCCAUUUAAACAAGUAAACACAAUUUGGAAAUAUAAGUAAAUUAAUUUCUCUGUUGAAU